AUGGCAGCUGAAAUCGAUUGGCUGGCAUACGUCUUUGAGCCACAUACCCUUUUACAUGAUUUGGAGCAUCUUGCGGAUGAUUCUAAAGUUAAAUUAAUGCGCUCCUUUCUCUCCCAGGCCGAAUGCCAUGACCGUCGUCUCUCUUCCGUACCGGUCAACGAAGAGGAAAAGUUGAAUUCUGACAAUCUUUCUCCAUCUAUAUCCUCAAAUUCCAUCCCUAUAAUUUACGAUAAAUCGAAAACUCUUGAUUGUCUGGCAAUGGUGAUCGCAGCGCAUUUUCGCUUCAACGUCAAUCUCUUUGCUGGAGUGGUAACAGAAUUGCCACUUAGGCUCGCCUCGCGGCUCUACCGCAUGCUUUUUCAUACCCUUUUGGAACGGAAUAGUCGUGGCUCUGCGGAAAGCAGUGGUACUUGCACAACGCCUUACGAUUUAGGGCCAUGGGACAGUCUGGAACCCACCCUGGCCUUUGCGACUCUGGUUUACCAUUUGUGGUGCUUGCAGGUGGCACUGACUGAUAGUAUGUUGUCAUUGCCGAAUCGCGAUAUGACACCUGCUGUUUGGGGCCUAUCAGAGGUACCUGAUCAGGCUUUCUUGCAAGAUAGUCGGGCAGAUCGCGAGGCUCUUCUUAUGCGUCAUGAAGAGUCAGCUUUACGUGUUCAUGAUCUUUUGCGUCGCCUGCAGGUGAGCGAUUCUGCUGUGAGUAUUGCUCGUCCUACUCCAGCCUCCCUUGCCAUUGGCACAACGCUUGUGGAAGAUGAGGUGCCUCUUUCUGCCAACCGUCUUGUGGCCGGGACUGCUUUUACUCUUGGACGCCUGGCCUUCCAGCACAACCUGCUGGAAAAGGCAACGGAACUUUUUCUUUUGGCUCAGAAAGCCAGCACUGCUGCGAAGCUGGACUGUAUAGAGGAGUCGGGGAUGACACCCCUUCUCGUGAACAGUUAUUUAACAUGCUGUCAGCAACAGCAACUUUCACGGUCGCUGGUACCGUCGUCGCCUACCACAAGUUACUGGCACCUCAUUGAUACAUUUUGCGCCACUCUGAGGCAAGGGCUUGAUGCGAAGGAUCUAGAAUUUUCCACUCUUAUCUUUCCUAUUUCUUCGCCGGUGAAAGUGAAUCUACGCGGAUCAUCAUCUUCCUCAUCAUCAUCUCUUAGAGAGACUAAGAAAACGACAACAAAGAGCAAGUUUUCUCAGGAUGAUCUAAUUGCUGCACUGGAAGCAGACACACUAGUACCUGGAUCCGCCGCUCCACCACUCGGUAUUGGGCUGAGACGCUAUUUGCAGCAGCUGGUUUACGAGGCACUCGUCACCAUCACUGCUCGCUGCGCUACCUCGCCAAGGAAAGAAGUAACUCAUCUGAGGAGGGUCUUCCACGACUGGCAAUCCUUCUACACCAAAGUGGUUAUAAAUAAUGGAAUGAAGGGAAUUAUUCAAUCAUCGUCUAUUCAAACCACUGCAUUUUGUGAGACGCUGUUGCUAGCCACUGGGGAAGAUGAUGCACCUUCGAUAGAUGCAAAAGAGGCAGCGGGCAUUCUUUUCACUGGUCUUGAUCGACUUAUCAACGAAAAUGGUGCCACAAAGACAGAGGUUAUAAACUUUGUUGGUGACUUUCUUGUCAGAAUCCGAUUGAUGCUUUCUGGAGGAAGGUCUGCGGCAGCUUCGCGUGCUGCUGCAACUUUUAUUGAUGCACUGGCCAACUCUCCUUUGAUGAACGUUUUGCCCACUGAUUUCCAAACUGUCACACACGUUCUUCAAAAAGAUCGAAAGCUAGAGAAGCGGGCUCCUGAUAACCUUUUCAACGAUCUUCCAGACGCAGCAGUGGAAUACGCGCUACCACCACCUCUUGUUGCGUCACAAGUUCACCGGGGUCACUUGUAUCCGGAAACUCGUAUUGUCUCACCUUUCUCCCUCCUCAUCGUCAGUUUAAACCCCAAAGUUGUUCUAAAUUCCUGCACCGAUCUCCUAAAUGCUGGGUUACCUGCAGAGGUAAUACUUCGAUCCGGUGGCUGGGUGGAUACUGUCUUACCAAUAGUAAUCAAGUGGGUCACUCCUUCUGAUUCUCCAAAGCAAAGACGCGAUACAUCUUUAAAUGGGGGCUUAUCUCCCCCUCUGUUGUACGAAUUCCUCACCAUAGCGUCUGAGAAUGGUCAGUGCUGCCUUCCGCCACUCCUACUACUGCUACGUGCGAUUGAUCUUCGCAGACAGCGUGGAGACUAUGAGGCAGCGACAGCUUUUCGUCUGGCGGCCAAUCACGUUUUUCCAUCCUCCGGACAAGGGGCUCCCAGUGGCCCCGCUGGAGGUGCUAAUGGAGGUGGGGCGCUUUGGCGACGCAGUCUCCCCCGUUGGAUUCGGGGCGUCAUGGAACAUGAGGCUGUGGUUGUGGAUCUCUUAAAGAGCAUGAAUCGUAAUAGCUUCUCCUAUAACCCUUCCCAAGCACGAAUUAAGGAGACGGAAUUGGUGAAUCGAUGUAAGGCCAUCUUGAGCAAUGAUUUGGGACCUGAUGCUGUGAUUUCAGAUGACCUUGUGUCGUGUGCUACAUGCUACCUUCUGACCAAAGAACCCUCAUUCUUUUCGACCCUUAGUGGUUGCUCGCCUAUGGUUGAAUUUAUCACACGUCUCCACAAGCUCUCACUGGAGAAGGAGAAAUCGCCUCUUGCUGUGCGUGAUCUCUGCCUCAAUCGUCUUUUGAUCUGGCUUAGGCCGAUCCCUGAGGUACCCUCCUCAAUUCCACCUCAUAAAAUGUCAAGAGACCCACGGCAGUUAGCAGGCGUUACUGGGGGAGGAGGCAGUGGCAACCCCGUAUUGGUAUCCAAUGCACCAAUUCCUCCUCCCAACACUGAUCCUUUGCGAUUCCUACUUCGACUCCUCACGCAGAUGCAAGGUGACGAAGUUCACCGCCUCCUCGAUUCUUUCAUCAGCUGCUUGGCUGGCUGUGUCAUGAGCGUUCAGCCUACUUUCAAAACAGACGUAAUUAUGGAGCCAUGGCUAUCUCUUCCUCCACUCUCGGGUGUAAAACCACAGACAUUGACGGAGAUGCUGCAAUUCGCAUUAUCAUGUGGCAUCAGAUCGGACCCACGAAACGUGAAAUGGCUCAUUCUUCAAGCUGAUCUUCAAAUGGCAUUAACAAGCGCCGACUCCAGAACGGUGCUGUCUCUGAUUCUACAGGCAGCGGCAGCGGCAAGCGACUACUUUGCUCGACCUGUACCGUCAAAUGUUUUUACUGAACGCCAAUGGAACGGACUUAUUCGAGACGGUCUGCUUCACUGCCCCGCCUAA